AUGAACUCAUCAUCAUCAUCUUCUUCAUAUAUUCCACAACUAGAAAACAACGACGAAGGCGUGGGGCCCGCGGCCCAGCCAAGCCGUUACGAAAGCCAGAAGCGUCGGGACUGGAACACCUUCGGCCAGUACCUCCGCAACCACCGGCCGCCGCUCGACCUCCGCCGCUGCAGUGGGGCCCACGUCCUCGAGUUCCUCCGCUACCUCGACCAGUUCGGGAAGACCAAAGUCCACGCCCCGGAAUGCCCCUUCUUCGGCCGACCCGACCCGCCCGGGCCCUGCCCGUGCCCGCUCCGCCAGGCCUGGGGCAGCCUCGACGCCCUCGUCGGCCGACUCCGCGCAGCCUACGAGGAGAACGGCGGCGGCGGGCCGGAGACCAACCCGUUUGGGGCCCAGGCCGUCAGGCUCUACCUGCGAGAGGUUCGGGACCUGCAGUCGCGGGCUCGAGGGGUCAGCUACGAGAAGAAGAAGCGCAAGCGGCCGCCGCGCGCCGGAGAUCGGGGGUCGCCGCCGACGGCAGCGGCGGCCGGCGAGGGUUCGAAUUAG